AUGAGAAUCAAAUCAAGGCCUACCAGGAUUUCAACUCCAAAAGUAUCUGGACGGCGGAGCUGGAGCAGUUGCUGGCUGGCAGAAAAGAAGCUCGAUGUUAUUGUACAUUGUCUUAAAGACAUGCCCGCAUCCCUUCCCCAAUCAUGGUAA